UUUAUGUACCUGUCAGGUAUAAAAGACUAUCUAUCUAUCUAUCUAUCUAUCUAUCUAUCUAUCUAUCUAUCUAUCUAUCUAUCUAUCUAUCUAUCUAUCUAUCUAUCUAUCUAUCUAUCUAUCUAUCAGGCAACAUGGGCGAUUAAUGGAGUUCAGCUCGCCCUCGGACGUCAAAAUAUGCGUUUUUACGCAGAUUAAUAAAUCAAGGGGGCACAUUCAAAAUAUAACUUAGUGAAAGCUUCCUGAGCAAACAGCGCGAGGAAGUGUUUUGCAAGAUUGACGUGGCUCCGCGGUGACAACUGGCCUGUUUUUACACCUUCCCUCUAAAUAAGGAAGCGGCCCGUGGGGCAUAUGACCGCUGGUCCAAUUUGGGAGCUGCCAACGAAGCCCAUCAUCAUCACGCCCCAUGUUCUCUCGCGCUCACUGUCCCCGGGGCCGCUCGCGUGGAUUGACAGCGAUUGGGUUUUGGCGUUCAAACUGACCCCCGGCGGCGAGGUCAGCGUGAUGUCAUCCUGAAGGUGAGUGAUGUCAUACAGAAGAUCUCCCAGGCAAGGUGAGCUCGAAUUUUGGUGAGUGUGUGGUGCUCCCCGUCCAGAGAGGUGAAACAUGGUAAUCAUCAUAACCGCCACCGCCACCAGCUCAAGCUCUGCCGCUCUGCUCUUCUCAUCUACCGAGGGGCUUAUUGCGUUACACGCUCGCAGCCCCGACCUGCCUUCCAAAAAUAAGCCCUUGCCACCAUGCCGAAAGAAGAAAAACAAGAGUGGUAUUUUUAGGGGCUUUAAUUUUGACCACGUGCCCCGAGGGUAAACCGGAUGGCCACUGCGCAAAGGUUCCUCAUCAGUAUGUGCGAGAGCAGCGGGCGCUGGACGUGGACUGCGGUUGUUCUGCUGGGCUUUCUGCUUGGGAUCGUGUCCUCCUACCCCAUCUCGAACAGGACUAAUGCAACUCCACUGGAGAAAAGGUGGGAGAGGCUCUUUUCCCGCUCCGUUUUGGGGAUCUCGGUGGAGAAAUCGGACCUGAACUGGGAGAAUGACUAUUUGCUGGGCAUUAAGAGAGUGCGGAGGCUGUACUGCAAUGUGGGCAUCGGGUUUCACCUGCAGGUCCUGCCAGACGGAAGGAUAAACGGUGUCCAUAAUGAGAACCAGUACAGUCUCAUAGAAAUCUCAGCGGUAGAGCGAGGAGUGGUUAGUCUAUACGGCGUGAGAAGCAAGCUGUUUGUCGCAAUGAGCAGCCACGGAAGGUUAUAUGGAACGAGGGCCUUCCGUGACGAGUGCAAGUUCAAGGAGACACUGCUGCCCAACAAUUACAACGCAUAUGAGUCUUCCAUUUACAAGGGCUUUUAUAUCGCCCUCAGCAAACACGGCCGCUUGAAGCGAGGCUACAAGGCUUCCCCAGCAAUGACUGUCACACAUUUCCUCCCACGUUUAUGAGCAAACCUGGCAAUAACACAAUGAUUUGCACAUGCUGGAUGUU